AUGAGCACCCUGAUGAAUCUUCUCGCCAACGCUAAUGCAGCUCCGGCAUCUACGGAGUCCGCAAAUACGGGAAUGCAGCAGGGUCUGAACACUCAGCCCUCCGGGAACGCGGGAUUUGCCGAGCGCGGAUCACAGGCUGGUUCGCUGCCUCCGUCGUUUGACCGCAACCACGAUGAGGACGACGACCACGAUUCUACGCCCGGCUUGCACCAACUUUCCCAUUCUGAGCUCAGUGAGCGUGCCUACACGCCUCGUUCGGCUGAGCGGUUGCGGGUGACAGCGCGCAAAGUCUGCGAAGAGAAAGAAAUCCCCGCGGACAGUCUCAACGAUUUUGUAGAGUGUGGCCCAGAGCUUCAAAGGAUGCACAUGCAAGCACAGUACAUCCACGCCUCGAGGGCUGAAUUCAAGUACAAGAACCUCCUCCGUAUUUAUUCAAAGGACUUCCAGGAUCUACUCCAACACCGAGCCACGGCGUCGCUUCUCUCACCAGCGGUACCGGCCUGGCUGAACGAUGUCUCGAACCAGGCAGUGAGAUACUUGGGUGCGAAGCCGAAGUUUUUCUACACUACCCGCGAGGUUCUCGAAGACGCGGAGCUCAAGAAGCACCUCAUUGCAUUCGUCAAAGACGCUUAUUCGAAAGCUCGUGGUCGCAUGCGCCCUUUGCUUGACAGCUCAAUCAAACCAACUCACAAGCAGAUAGAGGAAGGCAAGGCGACCGUCGAGAAGCUCGCCGAGGAGCUUGCGCGACCGACGGGAAUGGUCCUGAACGACAAACAUUUCAGUCAUGUGGCGUACCUGCGAAUGACUAUGUCUGACUUCCGGGGUCGUCCUGCCCAAUGGCGGAAGCCACAACGUCGCUCACGCGCAGAGGACGAAGGCACUCCGGAGACCGACGUUGACGAUGCCACGACUCCGUCAAAUUCUGCGCAAAACCCCAAGUUCAGUGACGCGGACUUCUGGCAGUAUGCGGAUUAUCAACUUGGGGAGCUCCGCAAGCAUCUCUCGCAGUAUCCCGAGGGUCCUGCUCGCAACGAAGCAAUGAAGAAGUCAUUCAAACUGGUCCUCGACGAAGAUCGUAAGAAAUACGGUCGUUCACUCGCCCGUCCCGAGAAUCCAUCUCCUAUGCCGUGGCAAGAGCACGUCGAGAAGCAUUUCUGGUGGUAG